UGUUACUCGUAAAUUGGUCGCACGGGUAGCGAGUGGUCAGUCAGUGCGCGCUUUAGACAGACGGAUUUAGAUAGCGAUAAAUGUGUAACGCCAGAUACGGGUUAUUUAUGCUACCUGACGCCGUACUGACGAGAAAACGCUCAUGCGACAUUUGAGGUAAACUAUUACCACUGAACUCGGGACACUGGGGUGAAUUUUCCCACUAUGUACUUUCUGUACGGUGGCAAUACAUGAUUUAUAUUAGGGUAAGGUUUCGUGCCAAGUAGCAAUCACCUUUUAGUAAGGACAGUGGUCGCAGUUAUUAUUCGAUAAAAGACAUAGCAUACGUUUGCUAGUUACUUGUGACCAGCGAGAAACCUGGUAAUGGCCAGUGUGCUAGUUUGGAGUUGGCUGUCCGUAAUAUUGUUAGUACGAAGAAAACGGUUGCAAAGCACUUCGCUGUGGUAACAGGAAUCGCUUGUAUACGUAGCACUUUAACGGAAGCCAAUGGCAUACCGACAUUUCGGCAACCUAACCGUUCCUUACGCGGUGACAAAGCGACGAGGGGCAAAGCUGACCUAGGUAAGAAAGACGUGCUGGAGUAGGAUCAGGUUCAACCUGUUCCGGCUAAGCAGAAGGACCGAUCCCCGCCUGCUGUUACGUUACCGCUGCGCGUCGCAUCCUAGCAGUGUUAAAAAGAGAGAUUCUAGUGCAUCUCAACUGCAAUAAGAUCGGCUGACAAAGCGGCCAAGCGGCCUAUGACUGCCAAAGGCAAUUGCAGUACUUGUAGCUUCAUCAUAGGUGCAACGAGUAGUGCGACCCUACUAGUAUUAAGUGUCUUCAGAAAGUUCGACUGGUGGGAUUUUAGCUGAAAGCUGCAGUCGAAGCUCAGAGGAAGACCUCUGUGAACGCGAGCACACAUAGGAGAUAAUGUGGGGAAUCGUACGUCCAGAAACAAGAACAAGUCCUGCAACGAAGAACUGCUAAAGUCGAAUGUAAAUUGCCACUUCCCACAAUUUAGCUUAGAAGUAGGUACUUGUGCACAUCAAUGGAAUGGGAAAUGAGAAAAAGCCUUCUUCGAGGCUUUGUCAGCCGCUGGUUUUUAUGCAAUUAAAAAGUAGGUGUUUCCACGCAGUGAAAACCCUCUUGACUUGAGCACAGAAGGAAUACGCUUUAUAAAGAGCCGUUAAUAUUAUAGUGCUACAAAAAGCUCUUUCAAUUACUCUGCUCUAUAAGUAAUCCACUGCGACACUUCAUGGCUUUUCUUAUACAAAUGACACGUCGAUAACCCUAGCUUACGUGGACUAGAACACAUUUACAGUUCGGCUACGUCGUUUUUACAUCUCUCAAAAAAGAUAAGAACACAUACGGGUUCUGUGUACACUGAUUAUUUAGUGCGUAUCAGAAGAUAGCGCGAAAUUGACAAGCUGAAACAGAUAACAACGUGCCAUGAUACGCUUCGAUGGCUACACGUUAAACAAUGCUGGACAAAGACCCAAUCAGAAUAUAUAUACUUCUAAAAUGCCGCUAAAUUAGCGUCAUCUAACAAUAGGAUCAUUUGCAUACGCUUGCUUAGGUCUCUACUCUAAGCUAGUAUGAAUCUAGCGAAAGUCGAAUUUUUCAACAGGCACCCAUCCUAUGGAGACAGUGGAAAAAGUUAUCCUGUGUGCCCUUUGUAGGUAUGCAGAAAUCGGUGAUAGCGUUACCUAAGUGAGCCAUUAUUAAUUUUCGCACACAUUGUCGCUAUCGUUCUAAGGAAUUGUUUUUAUUGACAAACCGUCAAGAAACGAAAAGCGUAGCUUCGCGCAAAUCAUUCAGUUGAGAAUAAUUUUCGAAUGUAUACGUACUCGUAACUCGGAUUAUUGAAAUAUCAUUGAUAUCGUACGUUGUGCCGUAUCCUUUACCGUUCAAUUCGCUAUAAACCGCGACACGCUCUACCCUAUCGGUAUAAAAAAGCAAGUGAUUUUUGUUGACGUGCAUUCAUUCCGCUCUCUCCACAUUGUUGUCUGUAUGUUGCACGCUGGCGUACCAUAUGCUAGUGCAUUAGAUACUUAUGACACAAUAGCUGCACACGGAUAACAGACCUGUCAUCUAGUUACUUAACGCUGUUAAUAGCAAUUGCAGCGCAAAAGGUUGAAGACCUCUAACAAUAUCGUGCACGCAUCUCGAGAAACCUCCUCCUUUUGGUCUAUGCCCCAGAAUGGAGCAACGUGGAGCUCGCGUUGUCCGCUUUAUGCACCAUACACUUGAACUAUCUGUUCCGUUUUCGCAUGGCACGUGAGUAUAGCUCAGCUUAGAGACUUUUGUUAGAAGUCGGCAAAAGUUUUCGACGCAAAUAAGCCCGCAGUCGUAGAAACUAUAAAAAGAUAUUUGUCCUUCAGAUGUGUGCGAUGAGUGUUUUAGGUAAACCCAUUUAAACGUUGCUCCCGGUACCGUUGCCUUUCAAUCAAGGCGUUAGCGUGUGUUUAAAGAACUUUUUUUCUGGAAACGCAAAUCCUGUCAUCGGAGUUGACAGGAACGCUGCAGGGCGCCGAUCAGCCGGCUUAGCGCGUAGUUGUUAUUUUUAAGGAAAACCUAGAUAUGAAAGAGGUUCAACGCCUACCGCAUUACAACCUACUUCACUGGUAAAUUUUGGCUGCCUUCUGGCUGCUGGUCGGGGCAGCACUGACGUGAUGCUACCUAGAGGCGUCGUUGAACACCGCCCUUCCCGGCUGCAGCCUCUUUCCCCCAGUUCAAGAGUGGAACGACAGCUUAACAAAGAACCUUUACAAAGACAGCAGUGUCCAAAUCCCUAUAGCGACAUCAGGACUACGAAGAUUCCGCUUGCGCGGCUCUCACGAUGAGUAUCGGAAUGUUGCUUAAGAAAAAGAAGUACCGUUUUUUGGUCGAUUGCACCAUCGAAGAGUUGACGGCUGUGCCAUACGUCAAUGCCAUUCUUUUCGCCAAGCUGCGCCUCCUCGAAGGAGGCACAUUUACCGAGGAAAGUCCGAGACUCGAGGUUUCCGACCAUUCCGUAAGAUGGCACAAAACGUUUUCAUUUCAAAGCAAAAUGACGGCGAAUGCGGCGACGGGCGUGCUGGACGCGUGCCACUGCCGCGUGUCCAUCCGCCGCGAGGCGCAGGGAGGCAAAAGCUGCCAUAAGCUCGGCUUUGUGGACCUCAACUUAGCUAGCUUUGCGGGUCAAGGCGCCACGACUCAGAGGUUCUUGCUUGAAGGCUAUCGCACAAACCACCGACAGGAUAAUUCGAUCCUGCGGGUAACGGUGAAUAUGACGCUAGUGUGCGGUGACCCGUGUUUCAAGACGCCAAGCCGUACAGCUGCGGGCGAAGGAGAUGGCAUCCAUACGAGCAGUAGCGCUUCCGCCGGUAAAGGUGGCGGCCAGCCCCCGCAGGACGGGGGUAGUCCGUCGCCCGAUUCGUCACCGCUGCAGGCCAGCAGGACACUUCUCGCCCCACCAUCGUCUGACGUCGAUUACAGCAGCCUGCCUCGCCGGCAAACCAACCCUACAGAUGGUUGUAGCAGUGGAGGAAGUAGCGCGGAAACACCGCCUCCGUCAUCCCAAUACCCGCUCCUUGAGCGGUUGGACAGUUGCUCGCUGGCGGGCACAUUGAGCCUUGCAGGUAGUGGAACUGCUGUCACGUCAUGUUGCGAGUCGGGAGCUGGUCUUCCGACUGCUGCCGAAUGCGGCUGCGCCGUUUCAGCUGGCGGGGCCUGUCCUGCAGGUCAGGGCGGCAAUCUUCACCAGCGUCAAGGCAGCGGAGACUCGAAUCAGCACCUGCGCAUUCACAGUUCGGGAUCCAGCCACUGUGACAGCGCCAGCGGUUCCCUUAAAGGCUCGAAGCGUAGCAGUCACAAGAACCCUCUUAAUGUUGUGGAAGAACGGGGCAACACAAAAAUGGACUCAACCAGAGUCGACCCUGAUGUUCUCAUUAAUCAGCUGAUCCUCUCUAGCAAGUUGUCCCCAUCUCCGGUUGGUAGCGGUGGUGGGGUCGUAUUGUGCCCUUCACCAUUACCCCUGGGGGGUACGCUCAGCAGCGGUCCUGAUUCGGGUGUGGGCAUUGAACAUGAGUCGGAACUAGAGGGUGGAUUGCGACUGGUGAUUGGACGGGACGGGGUGCCCGCAUUGACGGCGAAAGACCACCAUUAGUCACCAGAACCACCUUCGUCCCAGCUCCGAUGAAAACGAACAGCGACAGCAAUUAGUAGCUCAGAAAAACACAAAAAAUGAGACCACGUAUCCUUAUGGGCGCAAAGGGUAAAAGUACACACAUAAAAAAACACACACACACACACCCAUAUACAUGCCGACA